AUGAACUUCUCGACCUUCAACCAGACUGCGGAGGAGUUUGAAGAGAUUUCUGCGCUCAUCUCGUCGCAUUUGAGCGAACCUUACUCGAUAUAUGUUUACUGGUUUUUCCUCAACACAUGGCCCGAAUACUGUAUAACGGUGAGGCUCGAGAACGAUCCUAAAUUGGUCGGAGUGAUAAUAUCGAAAGUCGAAAAGCAUCGGGACGUCAGAUUGAGAGGCUACAUAGGAAUGUUGGUUAUCGAUCCUGUGCAUAGGGGCAAGGGAUUGGCUUCGAAAUUGGUGGAAAUGACCAUUGAAAGAAUGAUACAGAUCGAUAACGUGGACGAGAUUUCGCUAGAGACUGAGGUUAUCAACAAGGGAGCGUUGAAGUUGUAUGAGUCGUUGGGUUUUAUGAGAACAAAGAGACUUUAUAGGUAUUAUUUGAACACGCACGAUGCAUUCCGGUUGAUAUUACCUAUAACGGAGAAGAGUAUGAAGAGAGUUGCAUUCUUGCCAGCCCUAGGAACUUAG